AUGAUGCCUGGCGCUACUCUAGAGUACGCUUCUACAGCCCCUUCACCCCCACCACGAUAUCCCCGUCUGCCACCACAUUACCUUCUCCCAUCGGGAGAGCCGGAUUAUUUGAGGCUCAUAUUAACAUCUAAAGUCUACGAUCUGAUCAAAGAGACACCCCUGGUCCGUGCACCAGGGCUGAGUUUACGAUUUGGGAAUGAGAUCUGGCUCAAACGAGAAGAUUUGCAAGAAGUGUUCAGCUUCAAGAUCCGGGGAGCGUACAACUUUAUGGCAAAUAUUCCUCAAGAUGACAAGUGGAAAGGAGUCGUAACAUGUAGCGCGGGGAAUCAUGCCCAAGGCGUCGCGCUGUCUGGAACACACCUUCAGAUACCCUGUACCAUUGUGAUGCCAAAUGGGACCCCAUCUAUUAAAGUCAAGAACGUUGAGCGCUUUGGAGCAAAAGUUGUCAUGCAUGGGGUCGAUUUCGACGAAGCCAAGAUUGAAUGUGCCCGUCUCGCCGAAGCACAUGGGCUCAUCUAUGUUCCGCCUUAUGAUGAUCCCCUUGUUAUAGCGGGACAAGGCACGAUAGGGCAAGAAAUAUUGAAGCAAACACCUGAUAGUCAGACUAUCGACGGUAUCUUCGCCUCCAUCGGAGGUGGUGGUUUAGUUGCGGGAAUCGCCUCAUACGUAAAACGAAUAGGCUCCCCCAACACCAAUGUUAUUGGCGUGGAGACGGUUGAUGGGGAUGCUAUGGACCGAAGUUUGAAAAAAGGCGAGCGAGUAACAUUGAGGGAAGUGGGCCCCUUUGCCGAUGGGACUGCCGUCAAAAUCGUUGGAGAAGAGACUUUUCGCGUAUGCAAGCAACUGCUGGAUGGUGUUGUCAGAGCGGACAAUGAUGAAAUUUGCGCUGCAGUCAAGGACAUCUUUGAGGAUACUCGCUCUAUCACAGAGCCAUCGGGUGCUUUGGCCCUAGCUGGAUUAAAGCGAUAUAUCCUCGACAAUGACCUUGUCGGGGCGGGGAAGCGUUUUGUUGUCAUUGUCAGCGGAGCGAACAUGAACUUUGACCGACUGCGCUUUGUCGCUGAACGCGCCGAGCUCGGAGAAGGGAGAGAAGCUCUUUUUAGCGUCGAGAUACCGGAUGUUCCUGGAAGCUUCGUGGAACUUCACAGUGUUAUCCAUCCACGAGCUGUCACGGAAUUUUCUUAUCGCUAUAGUUCGAUGCGUCAUGCACACAUAUUCCUUUCAUUCAUCCUUCAAACCAACUCAAGGAGCGAUGAAAUUUCAACCUUCAUCUCCCAGCUCAAGUCGAAAAACAUGGUCGCAUACGACAUUAGUGAUGACGAAAUGGCCAAGAGCCAUGCAAGGUACAUGGUUGGCGGUGCCAGUGACGUACCUGAUGAGAGAUUGUUCAGGUUUGAGUUCCCUGAACGACCUGGUGCCCUUCGAAAGUUCCUUGCUGGGUUAAAGAAUGAUUCGUGGAACAUAUCUCUAUUCCAUUACCGGAAUCAUGGUGCCGAUCUCGGCCGCGUAUUGGCGGGAAUACAAGUCCCUUCGAGUACGCAAGCCGAGUUUGAGGAUUUCUUGGUUAAACUCGACUAUCCUUAUGUGGAAGAAACCAGUAAUGCUGUUUAUAGACGGUUUUUGAGGGCUUGA